CGGGCUCAGUGCUCGUUGGCGGCGGCGGCUCGGGCAGCGGGCGCCGCGCGGUCCAGCUCGGACGACCCCGCCCCUGGACGGCGCGAGGAGCGCGCGGCCGCAGCCGGAGCCGCCGGGCCGGGGCGCGGGGCCGGGGGUCCCGAGCCCCCCGCAGCCUCCUCCCGCCGGGCCGGACCGGACCAUGGGGGGCCGCGGGGCCUGAGGACACCGCCCCCCGCGCCAUGGGCGCCCCGCGCGCCCUCGCCCUCUGCGUGGCCCUGGCCGUCGCGGCCGGCCGCGUGGCCCCGGGACCCCCGGGCGGAGCGACAGAGGCCCCGCAGGAGCAGCUGGUCUUCGUCAGUGGGGAGAUCCUGGAGUUGAGCUGCCCCCCGGCAGGGGCGCCCGCGGGGCCCACAGUCUGGGCCAAGGACGGUGAGGGGCUCAUGCCGUCCCCGCGAGUCCUGGUGGGGCCACAGCGCCUGCGAGUGCUCAAUGCUUCCCAGGAGGACGCUGGUGCCUACAGCUGCCGCCAGCGGCUGGGCCAGCGCGUCCUGUGCACCUUCAGCGUGCGUGUGACAGAUGCACCUUCCUCGGGAGAUGAUGAAGAUGGGGAAGACGAGGCUGAGGACACAGGUGCCCCGUACUGGACCCGGCCCGAGCGCAUGGACAAGAAGCUCUUGGCUGUGCCGGCUGCCAACACCGUCCGUUUCCGCUGCCCGGCUGCUGGCAACCCCACCCCAUCCAUCUCCUGGCUGAAGAAUGGGAAAGAGUUCCGGGGCGAGCAUCGCAUCGGGGGCAUCAAGCUGCGGCACCAGCAAUGGAGUCUGGUCAUGGAGAGCGUGGUGCCUUCGGACCGCGGGAACUACACGUGUGUGGUGGAGAACAAGUUCGGCAGCAUCCAGCAGACAUACACGCUGGACGUGCUCGAGCGCUCCCCGCACCGGCCCAUACUGCAGGCUGGGCUGCCCGCCAACCAGACGGCGGUGCUGGGCAGCGACGUGGAGUUCCACUGCAAAGUGUACAGUGACGCGCAGCCGCACAUCCAGUGGCUCAAGCACGUGGAGGUGAACGGCAGCCGCGUGGGCCCCGAUGGCACCCCCUACGUCACUGUGCUCAAGACCGCGGGCGCUAACACCACCGACAAGGAGCUCGAGGUUCUCUCUUUGCGCAAUGUCACCUUUGAGGACGCGGGGGAGUACACGUGCCUGGCGGGCAAUUCUAUCGGGUUUUCCCACCACUCUGCGUGGCUGGCCGUGCUGCCAGCUGAGGAGGGGCUGGCCGAGGCGGGCGAGGCCGGCAGCGUGUACGCGGGCGUGCUCAGCUACGGCGUGUCCUUCCUCCUCUUCAUCCUCGUGGUGGUGGCCGUCACGCUGUGUCGCCUGCGCAGCCCCCCGAAGAAGGGCCUCGGCACGACCCCUGUGCACAAAGUCUCACGUUUCCCGCUCAAGCGACAGGUGUCCUUGGAGUCCAGCUCGUCCCUGAGCUCCAAUACGCCGCUGGUGCGCAUCGCCCGGCUGUCCUCAGGGGAAGGCCCCGCGCUGGCCAAUGUGUCUGAGCUCGAGCUGCCUGCCGACCCCAAGUGGGAGCUGUCUCGCGCCCGGCUGACCCUGGGCAAGCCUCUGGGAGAGGGCUGCUUCGGCCAGGUGGUCAUGGCGGAAGCUGUCGGCAUUGACAAAGACCGAGCGGCCAAGCCCAUCACCGUGGCCGUGAAGAUGCUGAAAGACGAUGCUACGGACAAAGAUUUGUCAGACCUGGUGUCAGAGAUGGAGAUGAUGAAGAUGAUGGGGAAACACAAGAACAUCAUCAACCUGCUGGGCGCCUGCACGCAGGGCGGGCCCCUGUACGUGCUGGUGGAAUACGCAGCCAAAGGCAACCUACGGGAGUACCUUCGUGCGCGGCGGCCCCCGGGCAUGGACUACUCCUUCGACACCUGCAGGCUUCCCGAGGAGCAGCUGACCUGCAAGGACCUGGUGUCCUGUGCCUACCAGGUUGCCCGGGGCAUGGAGUACCUGGCCUCAAAGAAGUGCAUCCACAGGGACCUGGCGGCCCGCAAUGUGCUGGUGACCGAGGACAAUGUGAUGAAGAUCGCAGACUUCGGCCUGGCACGCGACGUGCACAACCUCGACUACUACAAGAAGACCACCAACGGCCGGCUGCCUGUGAAGUGGAUGGCCCCCGAGGCUUUGUUCGACCGAGUCUACACGCACCAGAGUGAUGUCUGGUCCUUCGGGGUGCUGCUCUGGGAGAUCUUCACUCUGGGGGGUUCGCCGUACCCCGGCAUCCCUGUGGAGGAGCUGUUCAAGCUGCUGAAAGAAGGUCACCGCAUGGACAAGCCGGCCAACUGCACACAUGACCUGUACACAAUCAUGCGGGAGUGCUGGCACGCCGUGCCCUCGCAGAGGCCCACCUUCAAGCAGCUUGUGGAGGACCUGGACCGUAUCCUCACCAUGACAUCCACUGACGAGUACCUGGACCUGUCGGUGCCUUUCGAGCAGUACUCGCCGGGCGGCCAGGACACCCCCAGUUCCGGCUCCUCAGGGGACGACUCCGUGUUUGCCCAUGACCUGCUGCCCCCAGCACCCACCAACAGCGGGGGUCCAAGGACGUGAAGGGCUGUUGGCUUGUAGAGGACUGUGCUCGCCAGGCUGCUACCGCUGCAGUGAGGCACUGGAGCCCGCCGGCCUGGGCCUGAGACAUGGGUGGGUGGGCGGACGGACGGACGGACAGACACCUUAAUGUGUGCGCGUGAGCCUCACAGCCCAGUGCCAGGUCUCCCGGGUCCCGUCCUGCUGUAUAAUGCACUCGGGGACCGAAUAUAGAAUGUAAAUGGGGUCUUUUUCCCAGGGACCUCUCCCCCAGGCUCCCUUGCUUCCACUGCCAUGCCCCAGGGAGCAUGGUGGUGGCCGGUGCCCAGGUGCCACCAAGUGCCCUGAGCUGAGCCUUCAGGCUCAGGUGUGGGUGAGCAUGUGCAGAGCCCUCAGGCCUGCCCUUGGAGACUGAGAUUACGGGUACCUGAGGCGGGGCCUCUGCCUCCUCUCCCAAGGGGCGCACCUGUCCCCGCAGAUGCCAAGCACAUGUGCUCGUCUCCGGAGACUGGGGUGCGGGGGUCCUCGUGCUGGAGACCAGUGGGGAGGGGCGUGCCUGCCCCCGCAGUUUUGUUUUAGAAAUUGUGCCUGGGCCUGUGUACUUGUAAAGCUAUUUAUGGCCCCAGCCCUCGCCCCCUAGGGGGGUGCUAUAGGGGGACAGGCCCCAGGAAGGGCUCUGCAGCCCCUUCAGUCACCUCUGCGAGGAAUAUGUGCGGGUGCGGGGGACCAGGUGGGAGCUUUGAGCAAUCCUGACUCAGUGUCCUCCAGCUUCUGGCCAGGCGGCCUCCCACACACAGGGUCCGAUGUCAUUAAUGUUACAAGUUUAUAUAAUUUAUUGAGUUUUGAUAAGAUAUAUUUGCUGUAGAUUUAACCUUCUGACGCAGUGCUUCUAGACUUUGGGAGCUGGCCCUGCUGCCUCUCAGCUUGGGGGUGCCCUGGGUUGGAGGGGCAGCGCCACAUGGCCUGGGGACUCUGCCGUCAGGCCCAGCCAGGCAGAUGUGCUUCCCAAGAAAUAAAGAUGACUGGCUGUGGCCUCGA